CGCAACGUCAAAGUGUAACUGAAUGAAAGGCUCCCUCCACGGUGCGUACGCAACUUUUAAGCGUUCCGUCUGAUUCUUUUCCGCAAAUGGUUCUGUGUCGUUUGAGUUUUUAAUAUAUUGGGCAUAAAAUGGAAGAUGCCGGUCUUCCGAUAUUUCGAAUCAGCGACACUUUGCAGGCUCUAGGCGCCGCACUACGCAGUGGAGAACAUGCCGUUGGAGACUCGGCGUGUCCGCCUGCACUCGUAGAGUGCAGAGGAGAGACAGAAGAAUCCGAGAAGAGACGUGAAUGCUGCGCAGUGCAGGAGGACAAAUUCAGCACCAAAAAAGAACACAAACUGCAGGAAUGCUGUUCUUGUAGUAGUGAUCUGUUGCUGACAACAGAGAAUGGCGCUCCCCUGCAGGACAAUGGGCUUGUGCUUCAAGAAAGCUGCUGCUCCACGCAAGACAGAGUGCCCAGAGUCCGUGACAGCUGGGAGAAGGUUUGGUACAAGGAGAGCAGCCCGAGGAAUCUGCGAAGCAGAGAUUUCUUUGCCCCCCUACCAGCGCUGAAGAAAUUAUUUCGAAGUCAGGAGGUCCCAGGGCUGGUGAGGCACGACGUGAUGGCCAUACAGGGCCCAGCAGUGCUUCCUGUGAGCAGCUGUGUACUUUCUGAGAUUGGGCUGUUGGUUCAGAUUGAUCGACCACUGGUGUUUCAGCGGGUUCUGGAGCAGGUGCCCAGUUAUCUGCAGCCAGGUCAGCCUUUUGUAGGAUCUGGCCAUAAUUUAGUGCUGAACUGUGCUCCUCUGUAUGGUCCACCCAGAGUGGACUCUCUGCAGCUGACUCACAUCAGAGCUGUGCUAAUUACUGACCACCUAGCUUACAUUUUUCGGAGAUGUGGGUUCUCGGUGUCUCUAAGUCCCAUACUGGAUGAAGGUAGUGAUGUUGGUGCAUUUCUGGAGCUGCUGGGAGUGAACUGGCCUCACCAGACAAACGGAACGGGAGAGGAAGAUCUGUGGGAGACGCUGAAGAACUCUCCGUAUGUGAUGAAGCCAUGUCAGAAGGAGGCAGAGCAACACCUCAGACUGGACCUCCGUAGGUUUAUAGAAGAGAAGGCACUCACUGGAUUUGACCCCAACAUUGGAGCUUGCCUAGUACAGGACCAUAUGGUGAAGCAGCUUGCUGAGCUCCAGAAGGCCGUGUCCCUUUGUGGUGCCAAUUCCUGUGAGAUCAUCCAUGUGGUCUGUUGUGAGGAGGAGUAUCUUCAGCAGCAGGUGGAUCUGCUGUGGCAACUUGCAGGAACGCGGACAACUGUGCAGAAGCACCUUGUUUGUGGUCCGGUGAAGGCGGCAGGGCUAUCAGCCCACCAGUAUUUUGAGGUUCGGUUCUCACAGAUGAAGGAGGCUUCUGUUUCCAAGUAUGGAUUCCAGGUGCAGGGGGAGUCAUGGGAAGAAAUAAUUCGGGUAAUGACCUAUGCAGCUGUGAAGUUUGAGCUUCUAACCACUGCCCAUCGCAGCCCAGUGACUCUUGAUGUCAGAAAGGAGAGUAGCUUGUCGACUAAGAGCAUGCGCAGUGGUGCGUUUGUGAUGUACAACUGUGCUCGACUGGCCACGCUGUUUCAGAACUACUUUGAUUCGAUACAACAAGGACUUUAUCCAGAAAUGCCAGAGCCAUCUCAGAUCAGCACAUCAUCACUGAGAGAUGAGGGAGAGUGGCAGCUGCUCUUUAACUAUGUGGUGCCAUUCCCUGAGUUGCAAGACCAAGUGAUCAAAUCCUUAGAUGUGUCUACCAGCAUUCGAAUCAACCUCGGUACUGAGUUGAUGAGCAGGUUCCUGGUAGCCCUCAGCAUGGAUUUCAGUUCAUAUUACAAUAGGGUGCAUGUACUUGGGGAGCCAUUGCCACACCUUUUUGCUCAGAUGUUUGCCCGUCUGCAGCUGCUGAAAGCAGUAAGAGAGAUCUUCCACACAGUUCUGCAAACGCUGCACAUUCCUUCACUCCCCCAGGUUUAGCAGUGAACAAAAGCCACCCAUCGUGGAGAGCAGGUACACUAUUUUGAGCUGCUGAAGCCAUUGAAGAGAGAAAUCGUAUUGUUCAUUAGGCACACGGUAUGCUCUGUGGAGUUCUGGUCAAGACAUCUACUGGAAAACUUUGAAACCUAUAGAUCACAAGAUGGGAAUGCAGUGAUGCACAUUCUUCUUGAGCACAGAGUGUGCUUUAAAAAAUGCAGAUUGGGUAUCUUUAUAGCCUGGGAUCUUAGUUGUCUGUGGGCUAUGCUGAGAAGAAAUGUUUAUCGAUGCAUUGAUCCUGAGGCAGAUUGUUCCCCUUUUUUUGAGUUGGCCAGAGGAUGUGCAAGUAUUAUUACUGUUCCUGAGGCUCAAGGAGGGCGCAUCCUGGAGAAAGUAGAGAAUUUUCUGAUUGGUGACCCCAUUUGUCAGUCAUCGCCAGUUGACCCUAUUUUGAUGCUCAUACUGAAGAAAAGAUUACAUUAAGAAGAGCGAUGAGUAGAUGAAGUUUAAAUGAUUUUGUUCAUUUGGGAAUGUUCAUUUAAUGCCAUUAAAAUCUUUAAAAAAUGUAA